CCAUACAUGGCUACAGAAGUGAAACAUAUGACUUCUUCGAUUGCUGCAGCAACAGCAGCAUGGAUGGCCUUGUUUAUCCUUACUAUGAUCUGCAAUGUCAGUUUAGCAUACAGAGUUUCAAAAGAAAAAGAAUUAGGAAAUUUUGUUGAGAAAGAAAGAAGAGGAGUUCUAAGAGUGAUGAUUGAUUUCUUAUGGCAGAGUGGAAAGUCUUCCUAUGAACCUGUUUGGCCUGAGAUGAAGUUUGGGUGGAGAAUUAUAACAGGAUCAAUAGUUGGAUUUUUGGGAGCAGCAUUGGGCAGUGUUGGAGGGGUGGGAGGUGGAGGAAUUUUUGUCCCUAUGCUCGCUUUGAUCAUUGGCUUUGACCCCAAAUCUUCUACAGCCAUUUCUAAGUGUAUGAUUACGGGGGCAGCUUUAUCAACUGUAUAUUACAAUCUGAGGCUUAGACACCCAACACUAGACAUGCCGCUUAUAGAUUAUGACCUUGCUUUGCUUUUCCAGCCUAUGCUAAUGCUCGGAAUUAGCAUUGGUGUUGCAUGCAAUGUCAUGUUUGCUGAUUGGAUGGUCACUGUUUUGCUUAUUGUCCUAUUCAUAGGUACAUCAACAAAAGCUUUAUUCAAAGGCAUAGAUACAUGGAAAAAGGAAACAAUAAUGAAAAAGGAAGCAGCCAAGCUUUUGGAAGUAGAACCAAAACCCGGUGAUGCUUCUGCAGAAGACUACAAGUCACUACCAAGUGGUCCAGCUGAUCCACCAGAUGAGAAGGCCACUUUACUAAAGAACAUUUAUUGGAAAGAAUUAUCACUCCUUGUGUAUGUCUGGGUGGGUUUUCUAAUUAUUCAGAUUGCUAAGACAUACAGCAAGACUUGCUCCAUCCAGUACUGGGUUCUUAAUUUUUUGCAGGUUCCUAUUGCGAUCUCUGUUGCCCUUUUUGAAGCCAUAGGCUUAUUCAAAGGAAAUAGAGUGAUUGCAUCAAGGGGAAAGGAAAAAACAAAUUGGAAGAUUCAUCAGAUUUUCCUCUACUGUUCCUGUGGAAUGAUAGCUGGUAUGGUUGGUGGACUGCUUGGUCUAGGAGGUGGCUUCAUUUUGGGCCCACUGUUUCUAGAACUGGGAAUUCCUCCUCAGGUAGCAAGUGCUACAUCAACUUUUGCCAUGGUUUUUUCAUCCUCCAUGUCAGUGGUCCAAUAUUACCUUUUAGAUCGCUUCCCAGUACCCUAUGCUGCUUACUUGGUUUUGGUUUCAACCAUAGCUGCCUUCGUUGGCCAACAUGUGGUGAGAAAGAUAAUUGCAAUCCUUGGCCGAGCAUCCAUUAUCAUCUUCAUUCUAGCAUUGACCAUUUUCAUAAGCGCAAUCAGUUUAGGUGGGGUGGGAAUAGAGAACAUGAUUGAGAAGAUGGAAAAUCAAGAGUAUAUGGGGUUUGAAAAUCUUUGCAAUCAAUCUUAGGUGUAUUUUGCCUGUAUAACUUCGGAGAAUAAUAUUGUUCAAACUGGUGAUAUGAUCAUCUAGUUGUCCAUUUUCAUUCAAGCAAAGAAGAGA